AUGUCCGAUCUACAGUCCCUUGUGUCAGAGCUCCACGGUGCUCUUGAGCGCAAGCAGCUGGAUGCCGCCAACGACCUCCUCAGCCGUGCCAAGCGAGCUCUCCUUUUGCAAAACGCAUUGAUUCCCACCUCAUCCACACCUCCCCAGCUGGUCGUCCUCGCACGCCAAGUCCUCGAGCUCGGAGCCCUUGCCUCAAUCCGCCAGACCGACGCACAGUUGUUCACACGAUACUACCAGCAACUGCAGCCAUUCUACGACAUCGAGAGACAUGCUGGUCUGCCAGGACAAAGCUCAUCAGAGGUUGAUUUCAGCACAAGCCAGCGCAGCAAAGUGACGGGGCUGUACCUGCUUCUGCUUUUGAGUAUGGGCGACAGUGCCAACUUCCAUACAGUGCUGGAAGGUCUGGUUGAAGAGGCAAGCUUGAAGGGUGCUCAUGUUGAGGAUGAUGCAUACAUCAAGUACCCUGUUGAGUUGGAGCGCAACUUGAUGGAAGGUAGCUACGACAAGGUCUGGCGGGAGACUAAGUCCGAGCGUGUUCCGUCCGAGGAUUUCGGUCUCUUCUCUAAUGUUCUCAUCGGUACCAUCCGCAGCGAAAUCGCAGACUGCUCCGAGAAAGCUUACCCUUCCCUUCCUAUUUCCAACGCCAAGAACCUCCUCUUCCUUGAGUCAGAGGGUGCAGUCAUUGAAUUCGCUCAGCAGCGCGGCUGGAUCCUCCGCGAUGGUCGGAUAUUCUUCCCCGUCGAGCCUGAGGCGUCUGGCAGGUCCGAGAAGGAUAUCCUGAUGGCCAGCGGAACCGUGAUUGAGAAUGCAUUGGGUUAUGCUCGCGAGCUGGAGACCAUUGUCUAA